AUGUCAGGUGAGAAAUGUUGCCUUGGAGAUGAAUAUGACUCCAGGGAAUCGCCGUCGUCGUCGGGGUUGCAAUCUUUUUUCCUCAACCCCCGCCGCAACUGGCUCGCCGCCCAGCACUACAAGGCCCUCUCCAAGCGCUUCAAGAAAUACGGGUUGCGUUACGAUGAUCUCUACGAUCCUAUGUACGAUCUGGACAUCAAGGAGGCGCUGGCCCGGCUCCCGCGCGAGGUGGCGGACGCGAGGAACCAGCGCCUUAAGCGCGCCAUGGAUCUCUCACUGAAGCACGAGUAUUUGCCCGAGGACUUGCAGGCAUUGCAGGCACCAUUUAGAAGCUAUCUUAAAGACAUGUUGGCUCUGGUGAAACAGGAGAGGGGAGAACGAGAGGCAUUGGGAGCUCUACCUCUCUAUCAGCGAACCAUUUUAUGAGAUAUCUUGCAAGGAUGCUCCUUUGUUUAAAUUGCAACAAAUAAAAUAAAAUGCAGCAGUGACAUUGGAUGCUGCUUUUGGUUUUUGUUAUCUGCUUUUUAGGAUGCUUUAUCUUUUAUUUGCUUGUUUUUGGCAAUCAUCACAGAAAUCUGCAUUCUCAAGCAUUUUCAGAUAUCAGUCUGGCAAAGCUGGCUCUUAUGGGAAGACUGCAUGAUUAUUGAAGGGUAAUAUAGAAUAAGCAGUUGUUAUUAGUUAUAAA